AUGUCUUCUUUUUCAACAGAACCAGUUCGAGACCCUCUCAAAAAGGCAUGGAAAACCCUUCUCAUCCCCACCAUCAAACCAAGCGAUUUUCUCUCUCUCUUCCGCAAAACGGGUCUUGUCAUAUCCACCUUCCUCUUCAUCUCCCUUUUCUUCUACCUCUCUCUCUCUCUCUCCCUCUCAACAAGCGACUCUCCCCAUACCCUUUCCCUCUUCUAUUACGACCCCACAAACUUUAAAGACAUAGUUUACGGCCGCUCCGGCGGCGGCGGUGAAGAACCUACCAAUAUUUCCCACAUCUUGUUCGGAAUUGGCGGCUCUGCCGUCACCUGGCACAAGCGCCGCCAUUACAGCGAGCUCUGGUGGCAGCCAGGGGUCACAAGAGGCUUCGUUUGGUUGGAGCAAAAACCGCCAGAAAACGAGACGUGGCCUGAGAAUUCGCCUCCGUACAGGGUCUCCGGCGAUACGUCGUCGUUCAAGUACACGUGCUGGUACGGUUCACGGUCGGCGAUUCGCAUAGCGCGCAUUGUUAAAGAGAGCUUCGAGCUAGGGUUGGAUAACGUGAGGUGGUUCGUGAUGGGUGAUGAUGACACUGUUUUCUUCCCCGACAACCUCGUUACGGUGUUGUCGAAAUAUGAUCACAAUCAAAUGUACUAUGUUGGUGGGAAUUCUGAGAGUGUGGAACAGGAUGUCAUACACUUUUACACCAUGGCCUAUGGCGGCGGCGGGUUUGCCAUAAGCUACCCUUUGGCGGCGGAGCUGGUGAAGAUUUUGGAUGGUUGCAUUGAUCGAUAUGCUCAAUUCUAUGGGUCUGAUCAAAAAAUUCAGAGUUGCAUAAGUGAGAUUGGUGUUCAGAUCACCAAAGAGCUUGGUUUUCAUCAGGUUGAUAUACGUGGCAACCCAUAUGGGUUAUUGGCGGCGCACCCUGUAGCACCGUUGGUAUCGUUGCACCACUUGGACUAUGUGGACCCAAUGUUCCCAAACAUGAACCGGGUUGACUCCGCUAAAAAGUUGGUCACGGCCGCCUAUAAAACGGAUCCGGGUCGGACCUUGCAGCGGAGUUUCUGUUACGAUCUUCGGAGGAAUUGGUCGGUCUCGGUGUCGUGGGGCUACAGCGUCGAGUUGUAUCCUUUCCUACCCACGGCCAAAGAGCUUGAAACGACGUUCGGCACGUUCAAGACGUGGCGGAGCUGGAAAAAUGGCCCGUUUACGUUCAACACCCGACCCGUGAGAAAUGACCCGUGUGAGAAGCCCCUCGUCUAUUUCCUGGACCGGGUUGAUAAUGUGGGCGGGGGACAGACCCGAUCCAGAUACAGAAGAUACGUCGACGUUUCGGGAAAAGAAUGUGAGGGCGUUGAGUACACGACGGCCUUAGCCGUUCCAUACGUCGACGUUUAUGCGUCUCACUUUAUGCAACAUUUGUGGAAAAAGGCCCCACGUAGACAAUGCUGCGAGAUAAUCAACGGUGGAGAUGGGGUGAACGAUGUGAUCGAGGUCAAGAUCAGAGGGUGUAAUCGGUUUGAGAGUGUGACUCCUCCGUAGUCAACUUGGAACACGUGGAAGGAAAUGCAUUGAGAGUUAAAUCUCUCGUGAAUUGAAGACUGAAGAAUGAUGAAGCAGGCACGCGGCAAUACGACAAUGCGUUGAGGCUAUGAAGUUCAUGUUUAGCAGACUAAACGGAGAGAUGUUAAUACGUAUCUCAACUACUUUACUCGAUGUGUGCACAUGUAUAAAGAGAGACAGUCAGAUAGAGAUUUCCU